AUGGAGCGCGCCGAUACACUGGCGAUCGUUCUCCGAGUUAUACGUUUUUGGUGGUCUGGUUGUUUUCCUCCGGUUUGCAUCAUUUUCGUCCCGCACGCUCAGAUAUUGACACGACUACGACACGAUCGACCUACCGUUCUCACCCAUCAUCUCUAUGCCACACCUCUAUGCCAAAUUUCCUUACUUCCUCGUUUCGGAUUCGCGUACGCGAUCCUACCCUCGAUAUUCCUUCCUCCCGCCUUCAUCCUUGCCCUGGCUAAACCUGGCUUCAAUACUCCCGACGAGUGUUCUUCGCGAGGUUUUAUUUUCCACUUCUGA